GCGGAGUCCGCCGGGAAAACGAAACAGAGAGAACCGGCCUGGCCUGGACUUCCACCGACAGUAGCGGCGACAGUGAUCGGAGGGCGACGAGAUUUCAGAGCCAGGACCUGAAAUUCGAAGCACAAUUCGAAUCCUGCACCAGGGCGCGGGCCACUCUCCGGAUCCAGAAACUCGGUCACUGGGAGGAAAAAUGGCCAGUGAUACACCAGGUUUCUAUAUGGACAAACUUAAUAAAUACCGCCAGAAGAACGGAGUAACCAUUACGUAUAAAGAACUUGGUACUACAGGACCUCCACACGACAGAAGGUUUACCUUUCAAGUUAUAAUAGACGAGAAGAAAUUUCCAGAAGCUGAAGGUAGAUCAAAGCAGGAGGCAAAAAAUGCGGCUGCCAAAUUAGCUGUCGAUAUACUUACUAGCGAAAACAAGGUGGAUAGUCAGGCGGACGCUUCUGAACAAGGCUCAUUCGUUGGGAAUUACAUAGGCCUUGUCAAUAGUUUUGCCCAGAAGGAAAAGCUGCCUGUAAAUUAUGAACAGUGUGACUCUGGUCCUCUGUUCUCUCAAAGAUUUAUUUGUACAUGCAAAAUUGGGCAGACUGUGUACGGCACUGGUUCAGGCACCACCAAGCAGGAGGCGAAGCAGUUGGCUGCCAAAGAAGCGUAUCAGAAGCUGUUAGAGAAAAGUGCAAUGAAGUCUCUCAGAGCAUCCUCUAGCGUUGUCCUGUCUUCCUUCAGCGAUGUUUUCAGCAACUCGACUAUAACAAGUAACUGUGCUUCUCAGUCUGCACCUGGAUGUGUCUCAUCAGGGAACACAUUUACGAAUGGUCUCAGUGAAAAUAGAAGGAAUUCAGGAAUAAAAGUGUCAACUAAUGAUGUGCUGACAAAUAAAUAUACCUUGGAUGCCAGGUUUAACAGCGAUUUUGAAGACAUAGAAGAAAUUGGCUCAGGUGGAUUUGGCCAAGUGUUCAAAGCAAAACACAGAAUCGAUGGAAAGAUGUAUGCUAUUAAGCGUGUUAAAUAUAACACCAAGAAGGCGGAGCGCGAAGUACAAGCCCUGGCGGAACUCAAUCACGUCAACAUUGUUCAAUACCGUAUUUGUUGGGAGGGAGAGGACUAUGAUCCCGAGCAGAGCAUCAGCGAUACAAGUCGAUACAAGACCCGGUGCCUCUUUAUUCAAAUGGAAUUCUGUGAUAAAGGAACUCUGGAGCAGUGGAUGGAAACCAGAAGCCGGAGCAAAGUGGACAAAGCUUUGCAUUUGGAGUUAUUUGAACAAAUAGUGACAGGAGUGGAUUAUAUACAUUCGAAAGGCUUAAUUCACAGAGAUCUUAAGCCAGGUAAUAUAUUUUUAGUAGAUGAAAAACACAUUAAGAUUGGAGACUUUGGCCUUGCAACAGCCCUGGAAAAUGAUGGAAAACCCAGAACAAGGCGCACAGGAACUCUUCAAUACAUGAGUCCAGAGCAACAGUUAUCUUUGCCGCAAUAUGGAAAAGAAGUGGACAUCUUUGCUUUGGGCCUUAUUCUAGCUGAACUUCUUCACAUAUGCAUCACUUAUUUUGAGAAAAUAAAGUUUUUUGAAAGUCUAAGAAAUGGCGUCUUCUCUGAUGAUAUAUUCGACAACAAAGAAAAAAGCCUUCUACAGAAAUUACUCUCAAAGGAACCCAUGGACCGACCUAAGACAUCUGAAAUCCUGAAGACCUUGGCUGAAUGGAAGAACAUCUUGGAGAAAAAGAAAAGAAACACAUGUUAGGGCCUUUCUGAAAAACUGUUCUUCUGAUGUGUGGUUCUCCUUUAACUAUCUGCAGUCUGAGGUGGAAUAUCAGUGAAUAUUGUACUUCUUUCCUUCAGUUAACACUCUCCCAGGCAGGUUUUGGUUAGGGUGAACCACAGACAUUGUAUUUAUUGGCUAUGAAAAAGUAUGCCUGUUUCCUCAAUUGUUAAUUGCUGGGCCUGUGGCUGACUAGCCAAAUAUGUGAAUGUUUGUUUCUCAUCUGCCCUAAGAGAAAGGCAGCCCUUUCACCUAGCCCCCAGUGCUAACUGGAUGAGUAAGGACUCUGGCUUUUUGCAUAAUAAAGAGCUUGUAGCCAU